GGCUCCGGCCAAGGAGGUGCGGGUGGCUCCGGAGCCCGCGGAGCGGCAGGGUCGCGACGAUGAGCCGGUCCACCUCCGAGCAGGAGCGGACGCCGGCGUCCGAGCCCGUGUGGGAGCGGCCCUGGUCGGUGGACGAGAUCCGCAGGAGCAGUCAGAGCUGGUCGCUGGCGGCCGACGCGGGCCUACUACAGUUUCUACAGGAAUUCUCACAGCAGACUAUUUCUAGGACCCAUGAAAUCAAGAAACAAGUGGAUGGACUAAUUCGGGAAACUAAAGCCACAGAUUGCCGGCUACAUAAUGUCUUCAAUGACUUCCUUAUGCUGUCUAAUACCCAGUUCAUUGAGAACCGUGUAUAUGAUGAAGAAGUGGAUGAACCUGUACCCAAGGCUGAGACAGAAAAAGCAGAACAGGAAAAGACACGGGAACAGAAAGAAGUAGAUCUCAUUCCUAAAGUCCAGGAGGCUGUGAACUAUGGUUUACAAGUAUUAGACAGCGCAUUUGAGCAACUAGAUAUAAAAGCGGGAAACUCAGACUCUGAAGAAGAUGAUGCUAAUGAGCGGCUGGAACUGAUCCUUGAACCAAAGGAUCUAUACAUUGAUCGUCCUUUACCUUAUUUAAUUGGGUCAAAGCUAUUCAUGGAGCAGGAAGACGUAGGUCUUGGAGAGUUGUCUAGUGAAGAAGGUUCAGUAGGCAGUGAUCGCGGUAGUAUUGCAGACAGUGAAGAAGAGAAUGAAGAAGAGGAGUCUGAGGACGAUUUUGCCAAUCAGAGUGACAAUGAUCAAAACCGGCACACUGCACAAAUGAGUGAUGAAGACGAGGAUGAUGAUGGUUGUGACAUUUUUGCUGACUCUGAGAAGGAGGAUGAAGAUAUUGAGGACAUUGAAGAAAGCACUAGACCUAAAAGAAACAGACCUACAUCAUUUGCUGAUGAGCUGGCGGCUCGUAUCAAAGGGGAUGCUGCAAGCCGGGGAGAAGAAGAGCCAACAGCCUUAUCCCCAGGAGGAUCAAAACCUCAGAAGGCACUGAAAGAGAAGAAGGAAAGGAGAACUCCCUCAGAUGAUGAAGAGGAUAACUUAUUUGCACCCCCCAAGCUGACUGAUGAGGACUUCUCACCAUUUGGUUCUAAAGGAGGCCUGUUCAGUGGAGGGAAGGGACUUUUUGAUGAUGAGGAUGAGGAGAGUGACCUCUUCAAGGAAGCCCCUGAGGAUCGAGAAGUUCGAGCCCCUAUUAAUGAGGCAUCUUCAUCCUCCAAAUCUGGAAAGAAAAUCCCAGCAGGAGCUGUGUCUGUAUUUUUAGGGAAUGCUGACAUGUUUGGUAUCCCCUCUGCUCCAUCAGCGAAGGAGUCCCAGAAACCUGAGCAGCCCACUUCAGGCAAAAACUUGUACCCCCCAGCACCUGCAGGUCUCUUCGAUGAUGAUGAUGACGACGAUGACUUUUUUGCGACUUCCAGCAGCAGACCUUCCAAGCCAGACAAAGUCAAACCCACUGGUGAUAUAUUUGAUGAUGAGGAAGGAGAUCUGUUCAAAGAAAAAGCAUCGACUUUGCCAGGAGAUACUGUGAUUCAGAUAGAUGACAAUAAAGCAAGAGCAGAAAAAAAGGUUGCUCUACCUUCCAGCAAAAAUGCCAAGCUCUUAUCAGAAACAAAGCCUCAAAAAGGUUUAUUUUCAGAUGAGGAGGACUCUGAGCAGGAUUUGUUUUCUUCUCAGAAUGUGAGUAAGUCAAAAGAUGCAUCUGUCCUGCCUAGCAAACUCCCCACAUCAGUCUCACUUUUCGGUGAUGAAGAUGAAGAGGAUAAUCUUUUUGGGGCUACAACUGCUAAGAAACAGAUGUUAUCUCUACCAACUCAGAGCCAAGAGAAAGCAAAACCCUCUGAGGCCUCCAAAAAGAAAGUGUCUACCUUAUUGUUCAGCAGUGAUGAGGAGGACCAGUGGAAUGUUACUGAUUUGAAGAUCAGCUCAGCAUCUGAAAAUAGGCCUAAAGGAGAACUUAGGGACCCUGGGACCACCCAGAACCAGGAGGCCAAAGCUGUGAAAAAGACCAGUCUCUUUGAGGAUGAUGAUGAUGAUGACCUGUUUGCUAUUGCUAAGGACAGUCAAAAGAAGACCCAGAGAGCAUCACUCCUCUUUGAAGACGACACUGAUAGUGGAAGUUCUCUGUUUGGCUCUCCUCCCAUGACUGUUCCUUCUGCAGCAUUGAAAACAGAGACUGUCCCUGAGGUAUCACCUUUGCUGUUCAGUGAUGAAGAGAAGGAGGCACAACUGGAAGUGACACCUGUGGAUAAGAAGGUCAAGAGUGCCAAAGACUCAUCAGGAUUUGGGAAAACUCAUGUGGCUAAAGAGUCAGAAAAGGAAGGACCUUUGACUAUACCUGCACAGGAAGCAGUCAAGCAUUCUGAUUUAUUUUCUUCAUCAUCCCCAUUAGACAAAGGAACCAAAAGUAGAACCAAAACUGUUCUUAGCUUAUUUGAUGAUGAAGAGGAUAAAACAGAAGAUCAAAAUAGCACCCAAGCUCCAAAGAAAGAACUAGGAAAGAGUCCUGAUGCUGACGCCCGCCCCAAGAGCACAGGUGUCUUCCAGGACGAAGAGCUGCUUUUUAGUCACAAGCUGCAGAAGGACAAUGACCCAGAUGUUGACCUUUUUGCUGGUACCAAGAAAACGAAGUCGUUAGAGCCAAGUGUUGGGAGCCUGUUUGGGGAUGAUGAAGAUGAUGAUCUUUUCAGUUCUGCCAAGUCCCAACCUCUGAUACCAGAAAAGAAGAGGAUAGUGAAAAAAGACCACUCUGUUUCCUCUUCCAAGAACCAGAAACAUACUGAAUCUACUCAAGGUAUCAAGGAAAAAAGCAUUUGGAAACCGGAAACAUCUCAGGACUCGCCAGGUCCCGCUUCAUUUAAAACCAAAGAGCCAUCCUCUCGGAUCUGGAAAAUACAAGCAAAUUUAGCAAUUAACCCAGCAACAUUGCUGCCUGCAGCAGUUCCCCAGAUCUCUGGAGCAAAGCCUGUUUUGCCAGAACUGCCUUUUCCUGCAUCUGAACCUGGGAGGAGUCAGGAAAAUAUGCCUACUCUUCCUGGGAGUGGAGAAAUUGGAGUGAGUUUUGAUCUUCCAGCUCAGGCAGAUACUUUACACAGUGCAAACAAGAGCCGAGUCAAAGUGAAAGGGAAGCGCAGGCCACAGACCCGUGCUGCUCGAAGGUUGGCUGCCCAAGAGUCCAGUGAGGCUGAGGACAUGUGUGUCCCCAGAGGAUCCCUUGCACAAUUGCCGGAUGGCACCAUUACACCAGAUGGCUGUCAGUCACAGCCAAGGGUAGCUGGUGGAGAAGACAGAUCUGAGGAGGCCAUUGCAGCUGCCACUUCAACUUGGGCAGAUGGUUUUGUGCCUGUAGUAGACAGAAGCCCCUUUGUGAAAUCUCUGGGUCAGCCUCUUGAGGAUGACCUUUUUGAUUCUGAGGAUAUCUUUUCCAAGGUCUCUGGAUCUCAGUCCACUGGGAAAACAAAAGUCAGUGUGAAGGCAACAGAGAACACAGCCAGCCUUCCAGGAGCAAGUAAAGAGACAAAACCGAUGUUUUCCAGUCUAGGUGAGACAGGCAGUGAUGAAGAUAUCUUUCAGUCUGUUAAACCAAAGCCAGCAAAGAAAACAAAUCCCUUUCCUCUCCUGGAAGAUGAGGACGAUCUUUUCAUAGGUCAGAAAGGCAAGAAGAAGGAAUCAAAAUCCAGCAGUCAACAGGAUGUCAUCUCAAAAGCACAAGAUAUUUUUGAGGAUGAUAUAUUUGCUACAGAAGCAAUUAAACCCUCACAAAAAACAAGAGAUAAGGAAAGAACAUUUGAAUCCAACUUAUUUGAUGAUAACAUUGAUAUUUUUGCUGACCUAACUGUAAAGCCAAAAGAAAAGUCCAAAAAGAAAGUAGAAGCUAAGUCUAUAUUUGAUGAUGAUAUGGAUGAUAUCUUCUCCUCUGGUAUCCAGUCUAAGACAACCAAAACAAAAAGUCAGUCUUCACAGGCAGCGCCUGAACCAAGAUCUGAACAGAAGGUGUCCAGUAUAUUUGAUGAUCCCUUGAAUGCCUUUGGAGGCCAGUAGAGCGUACAGAGUUACCACAUCUCACCCUUCAGCUACAUUCUUGAGUUAUUGAUGCUUUUAUGCUCAUUGUCUUAAUUGAAUUACAAAAAGUAAAUACUGAAACAGUUCACCUCUUAGCCAAUGCACUUAAUAUUUUUUGCACUAGUUUAAAUCAUGCUUAAUACUACAAAAUAAAAAGAAAUGUUUGA